AUGAAUCACUCAAGUGCUUCUGUGUUUAGGAUCCAAAAUAAUCACACUGCUGGAAUUGCCUUUAUCCUCUCGGGCUUCUCAGAAUAUGCUGACCUCCAGGUGCCUCUGUUCCUGGUGUUCCUGACCGUCUACACAAUCACUGUACUGGGGAACCUAGGCAUGAUCCUGAUCAUCAGGAUCAACGCCAAACUCCACACGCCCAUGUACUUUUUCCUCAGCCAUUUGUCCUUUGUGGAUUUCUGCUAUUCCACCACGGUGACACCCAAACUGCUGGAGAACUUGGUUGUGGAGGACAGGACCAUCUCCUUCACAGGAUGCAUCAUGCAGUUCUUCUUUGCCUGCAUCUUCGUGGUGGCAGAAACGUUCAUGUUGGCAGUGAUGGCCUAUGACCGAUUCGUGGCAGUUUGUAACCCUCUGCUCUACACAGUUGCAAUGUCCCAGAAGCUUUGUUCCUUGUUGGUUGCUGCAUCAUACUCUUGGAGUAUAAUGUGUUCUUUAACAUAUACAUAUUUUUUGCUGACCUUAUCAUUUUGCGGAACUAAAUUCAUAAAUAACUUUGUCUGUGAGCAUGCUGCCAUUGUUGCUGUGUCCUGUUCUGACCCCUACAUUAGUCAGAAGAUCAUUUUAGUUUCUGCCACAUUCAAUGAAAUAAGCAGCCUGAUGAUUGUUCUAACUUCUUAUAUUUUUAUUUUUAUCACUAUCAUGAAGAUGCCUUCACCCGGGGGGCGCCAUAAAGCCUUCUCCACCUGUGCCUCCCAUAUGACCGCCAUUACCAUUUUCCAUGGAACCAUCCUGUUUCUCUACUGCAUUCCUAACUCCAAAACUUCAUGGCUCAUGGUCAAGGUGGGCUCUGUCUUUUACACUGUGGUCAUCCCCAUGCUUAACCCCCUUAUCUAUAGCCUCAGGAACAAAGAAGUAAAAGACACAGUCAGGAAGUUAAUCAAUAUGAAAUUAUUAUGUCAUAAAAUAUAA